AUGGUGAGUUUUUUUUUCUCUGGUGAAUUAAUUUACACGAUAUAUUGAAUCAGACUUUAGAGAGGGUGGGAAAGGGUAUUUUCGUGAGCCGUGAAUGGUGAAUAUUUGUUCGUGUGAAAUGUGAAAUGCUUGAUUUUAGUGUCGUGAAAUGUGAUUUGUUCUACAGCCGUGAGGCGUGAUUAUUGAUAAAAAUGCUCCGUGAAAUGAGAAUUAAGGAUGCCUGUUUCGUGAACUGUGAUUAUUAUAGUGAUUAUUAUAAUAAACCUGAUACGCGAUAAUCAAAUUUAUAUGAUCUCACUCGAUUGCAAAAGAGUAAAAACUUCGGAGGCCUUUCGCGACGUUCCUGACGCUGAGGACAAGGUUCCUGACGCUGAGGAAAAGGUUCCUGGCGGUGACGACAAUGUUCCUGGCGGUGAGGACAAGGUUCCUGGCGGCGAGGACAAUGUUCCUGGCGGUGAGGAAAAGGUUCCUGACGGUGAGGACAAGGUUCCUGGCGGUGAGGACAAGGUUCCUGGCGGUGAGGUCAAAGUUCCUGGCGGUGAGGACAAUGUUCCUGGCGGUGAGGACAAGGUUCCUGGCGGUGAGGACAAGGUUCCUGGCGGUGAGGACAAGGUUCCUGGCGGUGAGGACAAGGUUCCUGUCGGUGAGAGCAAUGUUCCUGGCAGUGAGGACAAGGUUCCUGGCCGUGAGGACAAGGUUCCUGGCCGUGAGGACAAAGUUCCUGUCGGUGAGGACAAGGUUCCUGGCGGUGAGGACAAGGUUCCUGGCGGUGAGGACAAGGUUCCUGGCGGUGAGGACAAGGUUACUGGCUGUGAGGACAAGGUUCCUGGCGGUGAGGACAAGGUUCCUGGCGGUGAGGACAAGGUUCCUGGCGGUGAGGACAAGGUUCCUGGCGGUGAGGACAAGGUUCCUGGCGGUGAGUACAAGGUUCCUGGCGGUGAGGACAAGGUUCCUAGCGGUGAGGACAAGGUUCCUGGCGGUGAGGACAAAGUUCCUGGCGGUGAGGUCAAGGUUCCUGGCUGUGAGGACAAGGUUCCUGGCGGUGAGGACAAGGUUACUGGCGGUGAGUACAAGGUUCCUGGCGGUGAGUGCAAGGUUCCUGGCGGCGAGGACAAGGUUUCUGGCGGUGAGGACAAGGUUUCCGGCGGUGAGGACAAGGUUCUUGGCCGUUUGGACAAGGUUACUGGUGGUGAGGACUAG